AUGGGUGCACAAGUUCAGAACAACAGGAACAGUAUCAAAGAAAAAGCCACCCGGUCCAGCAAGAACAUGCGCAACGGUUACUCGUGCGUGCCUGUAGCGCUCUCUAAGGGCCUGAACAUCAAGCUCAACACUGCUUGCGCAAACGGUUACUCGUGCGUGCCUGUAGCGCUCUCUGAGGGCCUGGACAUCAAGCUCAACACUGCUGUACGUCAGAUCCGUUACUCCAGCAAGGGAGUUGAAGUUCUCACAUCUAACGCCCGCAAUCAUGGCAAUCCUAUGACCUACAAGGGUGAUGUAGUUCUGUGCACACUCCCGCUCGGUGUACUCAAACAGUCGACUGCCAUGAACUCCCAAGGUAUGCCAAACUCUGUCCAGUUUGUCCCUCCACUUCCUGACUGGAAAGUUUCUGCAAUUCAGCGUCUCGGUUUUGGUAAUCUAAACAAAGUGGUGCUUUGUUUUGAGAGAAUCUUCUGGGACCCGAGUGCAAACCUCUUUGGACAUGUUGGAAGCACUACUGCGAGCAGAGGGGAGCUAUUCUUGUUCUGGAAUCUGUACCGAGCCCCUGUGCUGUUGGCUCUGGUCGCUGGAGAAGCAGCAGCCAUCAUGGAGAAUGUUAGCGAUGAUGUCAUAGUGGGUCGCUGCAUCGCUGUACUCAAAGGCAUUUUCGGCAAUAGUGCUGUUCCUCAGCCUAAGGAGACGGUAGUGACCCGAUGGCGUGCUGACCCGUGGGCAAGAGGCUCAUACUCCUUUGUCGCUGUCGGCUCGUCUGGUAGUGACUAUGAUAUGCUGGCCACACCAGUGGUGCCACCCGCUCUACCAGGGGAGGUUCAUCCUGCUAGCCCUCGACUCUUUUUUGCAGGGGAACAUACGAUCCGCAAUUAUCCAGCUACUGUCCAUGGAGCCUUUCUAAGCGGCCUGCGCGAGGGUGGUCGGAUCUGUGAUCAGUUCUUGGGCAUCCCCUACGGUCCUCCUACUGCCACUUCCCCAGAUUAGAUUAACAUGUUGUAUCCAUUUCAUUGAUUCUGCAUUUUUUGUGUCUACUGAUUACUUUAAACGUUCCUGUGUAAGUUUUUACGGUUGAAAUAUACCCAUUAAUCUGUAAUUUUACUUGUUGAAGUGGAUACUACUAGUUUGUAAGAUUCUAAUCUUUUCCAUUUAAAGUUUUUGAUCUUUUAUUUAUGAAUUAGAACAUAUAUGUUUUUGUCUGGUUUUAUGGUUUUGUUAUAUUAUAAGUGUUUUCAUUAUAAGGGAGUAAUUUCAUAUCAUUAUGAUUUGUGUAUAGGUUUAGUAUUUUUAGUAUGUAAUCUUUAAUCAAUGAACGUAAUUUUGUUCAUUACGUUGUCUAAUGAAGCCUUGUUGGUAUAAUACUAUUUAUGUUUUACGGUCAUGUGUUUACUUUUAGCCCAUAAGAUAAAUUGUCAAUGGUUAAUUAUACAGUAGUUAAUUAAUAAAACAAUUUUAUAACAUA